GUGAGUGACGCUGCUCCUCAGAUUCAUCGCAGCCCCAGGGGCUCUUUGCUGUCGUCUGGAGAAGCAGACAAAGAAAACGCUGUCCGACGCCCUUCCUCCUCCUCUUCCUCCUCGUCUCCAUCCAAAAACGCAAAGAAUUCAGAGAAUAACUCUCCGAUCAGGAACGGCAGAGACGCCUUGAACGUCAGCAACCGAAAAUCAUCCCGGAACGACCCCCGCUCCAAAAACACCCUGUCCCCCGUCGCCCCCUCCGCAGGCAGAGCCGGGGCACCCCCAAACGAGGAGCCCCGAGACCAGCCGAACCUGAUCUGGUCCAAGAAAGUGCGGAGGUCCUACAGCCGCCUGAGCGCUGGAUCCUUCGACGGGACGCCCUCGGGGUCCCCCCUGCCUCCCCGGCCCGACAGGCUCUCCCUGUUUGGUUUCGAGGGGCUGUGUGGGGUCUCUCCUGUGAGGGGGGGCGGGGGCCGCAGUCUGCUUGAGGGGGCCGGCGCGGGAGUCGCUGAGACGAGCCCCCCCGCCGCGGAACAAGACUUCGACAUCCCAGGAGUGGCGCUGGUGAAGGAGAAGAGGAGGAGGAAGAAGAAAGUGCAGCAGAUACAGAUGUCGGAGCUGGACUGUCUGGCUGCUCUGAUGAACGCGGAGUUCGAUGCUGCAGAGGAGUUUGACCUGUGUGUGGAGUGAGAGAGAAACGCAAAACCACGCUGAGAACCGAAGAGAGGAGGAGGAGGAGGAGGAGGAAGAGGGGACUGCCUUCAGUCUAAACCCCGAGAUCCGGCUGAAAAGGACUGGACACACGAGUCAGGGUUCAAAACUCUCGCACUAGCCCUGCUGCUGCUGCUGUUGCACCCAGUCCUGGUGUUCAGAGCUGAGAAAUGCUUGUUAAAGGAGCCCCAGUUUGGAUGUUGUAGUUUUUGUCUUUUGUUUUAUUUUUUUUUCUAAAUAUAUAUUUGUUCACCUCUGUUCUGAGUUCCGAGCCCACGGCUGGUUAACCCUUUAGUGUUUCGUCCGGUCCCUGCGUUUGUGUGUAUAGAGAUUUGAUUUCGUAUGUAUAAAGUUAUUUCUGUGUUUUUCUUUUUUUUUUUUUAAAUAAAUCUUUUAAAAACGUU